AUGCCAUCAACCAACGAAAGCAAAUAUGUUAUAGAGGUGUGGGCGGAAAACCUUGAGGAAGAAAUGGCUGUCAUGCGUGAUUUGGUUGAGCAAUAUCCUUGCAAUGGAUACAAAUUGGUGUUGCUGACCAAUUUGGCAAUUUCCGUACAAGUCCCGAUUAUCAUUAUCAGACGCUUCGAUAUAUCUGCUAAAAUUGCUCACAUGUCCACCACUGCUAGCCGAAGAGGCAGAAUUUUUCGAUCUAUUAAGAACAUAUUUUCCCUGUAUAUACGAUAUAAAGCCCUAAAGGGUGGGUUGCAAGAUAUAGCUGAUGAUAUGAGGGUAACUCGAAUUGGACCACAACAUCAGGCUGGUAGUGAUAGUUUGCUUAUAGCUUCAGUGUUUUUCAAAGAUGCGUGA